GUAUGACUUGGUGUAUUGUGCAUAGAUUAUUGAAAGUGUAUGCGGAGAAGGAAGGAAAAUAAUUGCAAUAUAAAAGUUGUGCAUUAAUUUAACUGUAAAGAUUAUCGCUAAUAGUCAUAGUAAGAAUGGGUCUUAAAGGUUGUGAAAUAGUUUUGGAUAAUCCUUGGAACACUUAUUAUGCUGGACAAACUAUUAACGGAAAAGUGAAUUUGACGUUCGAUUCAACGAAAAAAGUUCGAGGUAUAACAAUACGUUUUUUGGGUGAGGCAAACACACAAUGGUCAAACAGGCGACGAGUUACUAACAGCGCAGUUAGAGGUGAACACGAAACUGUUUUCUACAGGGGUCAUGAAAAGUAUUUCCAAAUACAAUAUUACUUGCUGGGUGGCAAAAACAGUGCUGAAAUUGAAUUACCUGCUGGUACUCACACUUAUCCGUUCACUUAUGCUUUGCCGCCUAUUCUACCUUCGUCGUUUGAAGGUCAAUUCGGACAUGUACGCUACACCAUUAAGGUUACUUUGGAUCGUCCUUGGAAAUUUGAUCAGGAUAUGAAAAUGGCCUUCACUGUUAUAGCACCAGUGGAUUUGAACUCGAAUGCUUGCGUCAAAGAACCAUUUAAAUUAGAGUUAGAGAAAACUUUUUGUUGUUUUUGCUGCCGUUCAGGACCAUUAUCCGUUUUAAUUACUAUACCGGUUACAGGUUAUGUAUCUGGUCAAGUUAUACCUAUUAUAUGUGAAUGUGAUAAUGGCAGUAAUGUUAGCAUCACAACAGUCAAAUUCGCAUUAAGGAAACGCGUCACUUUCCUUACGCAACGGCCGCACGCGGAAGCGAAAGUAUCAGAAAUCACUAUUGCGAAAAUCGCUGUAGGACCGAUCAGAGCUAAUGAAUCUCGUACAUUUAGCCAACAAUUGGAAAUACCUCCAUUGCCUCCAACGAAUUUGAUGCAUUGCGGCAUCAUUACCUUGAGCUAUGAUUUACAAGUCAAAUGUAAUGUUAGUGGGCCACAUAGUAAUUUAAGCGGCAAUAUUCCAAUAACAUUAGGUACUAUUCCGUUGGUUUCUUUUAAGCCACCGCCUCCGUGCCUAGAUAUGCCAUCCAAAGUAUCAACACAGGAACGUGACAAUUUAUCGAUGGGACUUACACAAGUCGUGAAUGUAAGUAGUUCUUCCUAUGGGACAGGCGGUGCACUGGGCUGGCAUGCAGCUGAUUGUGAUGGUGUUCAAACCCAUUCUAAUAUACCUCCUCCCAAAUUUUUGGAGAGCCAAUUCAAGGCACAGAAAAUUAUCGGCCAUGAUGACUCGGAGCUUACGAAGGUGAUAAAUGAUGCUUUCGCACCCCGAUAUCCAACAUUCCAGUUUGCUCCUAGUGCUCCACCCAUGCUUAAUUAAAAAUAAUGAACUCGUUCUUCUCUUCGUUAAUUAAUUUUAUAAUCUUCUUUUGUUUAUAAAAUCGGCAAUAAGUGCAUAAAAUUGUUUGGUUUUCAAUAAUUUUUGUCGUUUUUAAUAAUGUGUAAUGUGUAAUUGAAAAAGAAAAAGUAAAUGUUGAUACGCUACAAGUUCUCAAACUUCAAUAGGCCAACCGAUUAUCUGUCGCAGUGCAUGCACUAGUGCACGUCAUGGAAAUGCUAUUCGAACGAAGUUUCAACCUAUCGAAGCUACGAAGUAUAUUAGACGUUUAAAAAAAGUUAAACAACCGCUGUCUUACGAUAUCUUUAGGAAUGAGGAUUUAAAAUCCGUACCUAUCGAGCAGCUAAAGCAUUCUAAACCUUAGUAGCUCUUGGUGCACGAAAGCGCAUCAACAUCAACGAAGGCUCAUUGAAGAUUUUUUACCCAAAUGGAAUUUGAAGUUGGCGCAUAAUAUGAAGUGGUUUAAACUAAAUACUGAAGGAAAUGAAUAUAAUAUACAUGUUCAUCUUCAGCUUCACCCAAAUCGAUGUCCCACGUUAUAAAGUGGCCCUUUUCAUAGCCGUUUAACAUAGCUGAGGGCCGUAAUAUUUGGCAACAAAUUUGAAGGCUUUUAAAUAAGGAACCAUUACCAUUCCCAACCCACCCAAUAGGCACUACCAGAACAAGCUAAACUCAAAAGAUCACUAGAUGAACCCAAAAUCAGUAAAACAAAUCCAAGGUAGUCGAAAUAAUUUUGAGUGAAAAUGUCAACAAAUUAAAGAACGGACGAAGUAUUCUUGGCUCUAAAGGAACCCAUAAAUUUGUUUAUAUAAAAAGUACUAUGUGUGGAGAAUGAAGAGAGCACAGCGUUGCUUUUAAUAAGUAAUAAAUAAAUAAGAGAAAUGAUAAACAAAAAAUCUCUCUCAUCUGUUAAAUCGAACGAAAGAACAGAAACUGCAUGACAACACCUGUUAAAUGGGACGAAGUGAUGAAAAAAAAAUCGUAAAUCUCAAAGAAAAAAAAAGAAAAACAAUUUGUUAAGUUGUGAUAGUUUAAACUGGAUACAGACAUUUUACUCAAAAAAUUUGCCAAACAUAGUGAUAUUUCAAUGGAUAACAUUGUAACGAAAAGUUCAUAGGGUUCAAAUCGAAGAAAAUUAAAAUCUCAACGC